AUUAGCGCCAACAUCUUGUGCUGGCACCAUCUCAAUCAAUGGUCGAACAACGGUAAAUCCCGGUGAAUAUGGCGACAAUGGCAGAAAUACUUCGGGAGGAGGAGCGAUUGGACGAGCUGGAUCCUCUGCGGCAUCUGCGAGAUAAUGAUGCCGACGCUGCCGGGAACACGGACGAAGGUAUCUCUGACGGCUUCAUCGUGCCGGCACAGAGGCCGAGUAUCAUCAAUCAGCUACAGAUUCUCUCGUUCCCGGUUCUUGUUCCUGAGCUUAGGUUAUCUGUGGAUGCUAGCCCCGGAUGCGGCGGAAUAGCGUGGCCGGCCGGCGAAGUUCUCUCACGUUACAUCUGCCUUCGUGAAACCCGAGAACCUGGGUGGAUGAAAACGCGGACCGUGCUGGAGCUUGGAGCAGGAACAGGCCUCGUUGGCCUUGUCGCGGCGAAACUCGGUGCAAAGCAUGUGGUAAUCACUGAUCAGACGCCAUUACUUCCUUUGAUCGAGCGGAACAUUGUUCUCAACAACGUGCAAAAUGCGUGCAUAGCCGCGGAGUUUAAUUGGGGGGAACCUCUUUCAGAGGCAAUCCGGACGGGGGCGUUUGACUUGAUCCUCGCCGCGGACUGCGUGUAUUUGGAACCCGCAUUUCCUUUGCUUGUGCAAAGUCUUUGCGACCUGACAAACGAAUCCCCGAGAGCGGAACUUCUGUUCUGCUAUAAGAAACGUCGUAAGGCAGACAAACGAUUCUUCGUCCUGCUGAAGAAGCAUUUCGAAUGGGAAGAAGUUGAUGAUGACCCCGAGAGACCGGUUUAUUCUCGUGACACCAUUUCACUUCUUCGCUUCCGUAGACGAGGUGUGAAGGCAUCCUUCUGAUUGUUCGACCAUGUGAUUGGGCCAAGGUUCCUUGCGAUCCGCCCGUCCGCAACGGGUCGCGAAAAUCUGUCGGCACAAGUUGUUGAAGCAGUCUUUGUAUCCUGACAGCGAUGGGAGAGUUUCCUUUCAUGAACAGGAGCUUGUUCGCCGAGCCACUUCUUCCGCUGGUCGCAUGAUUACAGGUUGUUCAAUAGGGCCGAAGCAAAGAGAAGAAGCAGAUCAUGCAGAUAGUGUCGCAUCAAGUCGGAACCAGAUAGUACACCGGCACGCCGCGGCUAACCACUUUGUCGUUUUCCUUUCGCUAAAGUCUUCGCGUUUCUUCUUCUCAUAUCAUUCUCUUUGUUGACCAUGGAAGACAGGGCGUAUAGAAAUCGAAACCGUAGAGAUCCCUGGGUAUCGAGUGUUCGCGAAUUGUGGCGCGAUUCUUCUGAUACGGACCGCUGAAGCACAUGCAAGCAA